CCCCUCCCUGGGGGUCCCCCCGACCCCUCUGUGCCCCCCCGUCCUGUCCCAUCGUCCCUCCCGGGCUGCUCCCCACGGCAUCGAGCCCACCCGAGAUGGCACCGGGAGCCAUGAAGUGCCAGCUGAGCCUGCGCCUGCUGCUGCUGCCCAUCGUGCUGGCGCUGGCGCUGCUGGGGCUGCGGGUGCAGCGCUUCAUCGAGGAACCCAUCACCGCCGCCCCCGCCCUGUCCCGCGAAGGCGCCGCCGAGCAGCAGCAGGGGGUGCCCCACCGGGGAGGCGAAACCACGGCCAAGCCGGCCCCCACCCGGCACCCGCUGCAGCCCCCCUACCCCUACCCCUACCGCUUCCUCCUCAACGAGCCCGACAAGUGCCGCAACGAGACGCCCUUCCUGGUGCUGCUGGUGGUGACGGAGCCGGGGGACGUACGUGCCAGGGACGCCAUCCGGCAAACCUGGGGCAACGAGAGCUCGGUGCCGGGGAUCUCCAUGCUCCGCCUCUUCCUCGUCGGCGUCCACCCGGUGUUCGGGCAGGCGCUGGCGUCGGCGCUGGAGGAGGAGAGCCUCCUCCACCACGACAUCCUCCAGCAAGACUUCUUGGACACCUACAACAACCUGACGUUGAAGACGCUGAUGGGCAUGGAGUGGGUGAGCAAGCACUGCCCCAACGCCAGCUACGUGGUGAAGGCCGACCACGACGUCUUCCUCAACCUGGGCUACCUGGCGGAACGGCUCCUGGUGCCCCCCAAGGCGAACUUCAUGACGGGCUACAUCUACCGCAACACGGGGCCGAUACGCAGCAAGGCCUACAAGUGGUACGUGCCCUACGAGGUGUACCCCAACAACACGUACCCGCCCUACUGCGGCGGGCCCGCCUACGUCCUCUCCGGGGAUUUGGCCAGUAAAAUCUACAACGUCGCCCAAACUCUGCCCGUCAUCAACAUGGAGGAUUCCUUCAUGGGCAUCUGCCUGCACGCGCUGGGCGUCAGCGUCACCAGGAGCCCCUGGGGCGCCUUCAGAAUGUACUGGGUCAAGUACGACAAGUGCCACUUCUCCCGCCUCGUGAUGGUUCACCACUACCAGCCCCAGGACCUGCUCGCGGUCUGGCCCCACUUCCAGGCGGCGAAGGUGACGUGUCACCAGUAACCGCGGCGGGAGGCGCCGCCGCCCCGUGCCGGGAGCCGCCGCCGUCGGCCCGGCCGCUGACUUUCUGGCCAGUCUCCGGCUCUCGAGCAGCCGCUCGGGGCCGGCUCCGAACCUCGGGUCUCACCGGGGAUGGGGUUUUUUCCCCUCCCCCCCCCCCAGGAUUGAGCCACGGGCAGGUUCGCGCAGCCGGAGCCGAGGGCUUCGCUCGCGGGACCCGCUACCCCACUUCACCCGUAUUUUUAUUAUUAU